ACCUUACCUCCUUCUUCUCCUCUCGUCUUCGAGAAACCACAAACCACUCUCUCUUCUCUCUCUCUUCUCUCUCUGCAAUGGCGUCUCUUCAGCAAACUAUGUUCUCUCUGCAGUCCAAACUCCCUCCCUCAUCUUUCCACAUCGGAGGAUCUCUCCCUCUGCGAAAGACAACCUUACCCCUCCGAAUCAGAGGCGGAAACGGCGGAGCAAGAAUGUCAGCCACUGCUGCAGGAAGCUACGCGAUGGCUCUCGCGGACGUCGCGAAGAGGAACGACACUCUCGAGCUCACGAGCGCCGACGUGGAGAAGCUCGAGAACGUCUUCUCGGACCCGCAGGUGCUCAACUUCUUCGCCAACCCAACCGUCGAGGUCGAGAAGAAGCGUCUCGUGAUCGACGAGAUCGUCAAAGCGUCCUCUCUCCAGAGCCACACCUCCAACUUCCUCAACCUCCUGGUCGACGCGAACCGGGUCGACAUCGUGACGGACAUCGUGAAAGAGUUCGAGAUUGUGUACAACAAGAUAACGGACACGCAGCUGGCGGAGGUUAGGUCGGUGGUGAAGCUGGAGCCGCCGCAGCUCGCUCAGAUCGCGAAGCAGGUUCAGAAGCUGACCGGAGCCAAGAACGUGAGGGUUAAGACGGUUCUUGAUCCGAGUCUUGUCGCUGGGUUUACGAUUCGGUAUGGUGACUCCGGGUCGAAGCUUAUUGAUAUGAGUGUGAAGAAGCAGCUUGAGGAUAUCGCUGCUCAGCUAGAGCUCGGUGAGAUUCAGUUAGCUGCAUGAGAAAAAUUGUAUUUGACAACCGCCUUCUUCUUUUUUUUACUUGUGCAAGUUUAAUUCUUUCUCUCUUUUUUCCUCCAUCAAUCGUCUACAUAUAUAAUAUACUGAUAUAAAUAAUUCUCUGAGUUGUUUCCAAUUAUUUCUGAAAUGUAGUGAACCUGUUUGUUCGAUUCA